AGAGAGCAGUCUAUUUUAGUGAGCCAUUCACACAGGGGUUAGAAACUAUAAAUCUGAAUGAUUUCCCCCCUAUCCUCUCUCAGUCCCUCACUCUCUCCCUCUCUCAGCCUUUUCUACAUCUUAAAGUAAGAUAAGCAGGAAAACAUGGCAGACGCACCAAAACCAAAAGAAAAGUCCAAGAUCUCCUCAGCCCGACGGUUGGGUUUGAAGAUCAGAUUGCUGAUUGUAGCUGGCCAGAUGCUAGAGGUUGAGGUGGAGGAGAAGAAGAGAGAAAGAGAUGAAGCUCUGGCUGAGAGAGUCCCUCCUCUCAAACUGUCUGGCUUGUCUGUGGAGGAGCUCCAGGAUUUGUGCAGAGAUCUGCACCACAAGAUCGAUGUGGUAGAUGAGGAGCGAUAUGACGUGGGACUCAAAGUUACCAAAAAUGACAAGGAGAUCCAUAAUUUAGGACUAAAGAUCAUUGAGCUGCAGAGCAAAUUCAAGAAGCCAAACCUGAAGAGGGUGAAGAUCUCAGCUGAAGCCAUGCUCAGUGUUCUGCUUGGCUCCAAGCAUAAGGAGACCAUCGACUUCAAGUCCAACCUCAAGACAGUCAAGAAACCAGAGGAGAAGAAAGAAGAGGUCACCGACUGGCGUCAAAAUGUGGAUGCCAUGUCUGGCAUGGAGGGCAGAAAGAAGAUGUUUGACGCUUGAAAGAUCAGUGAUAAUUAUCACGUUAUCCUCCAACGAUGGCUUUGAUGAUUGAAGAUAAAAGACGAUGCGACAGAGAGGGCAACUGAAGGUAUGAAGAAUAACUGUAGGAGAUAACUGAGGGAACACAUGGAGAAGAAAAAUAAAUACAGACAAACAUUUGUUCUUUUUUGUACGUGAAAUAAAGGUUUUGAUUUAAAUGACUGUAUGAGAAUGUUGAAGGGAAAACAGAUAGUGUGUGUACAAUAAACUUAAUAUUAGUGUGUUUGAGCAAAUGCAUUUCCUUAUUUUCAAUGUGUUUAUGUAGAAGUUACAAGCCAAUCCUUUUUUAUUUGUAGUAUUCCAAGUGUAGUUUCUUGUUUGACGAACGAUAUUAUCCUCAACUGCCUGAUGAUGGCAGUGUUAGCUUGAGGUCGGAGAACGUUGCUUCCACCCACCAAGUUGCUAUUUUUCUCUAUUAUUGGUUGUCUACUGUACAAAUGUACUAUUGAAUGUCUAUAUACAUAUACAUCAAGAGUUACUUGUUUCAAAACUGAUACCAAUUAAAUAAACUUUUAACUCAAUUGUAAA